AGACAAGCCAGUGUUCAGCACUAUGACCCCGGGCAGGUCUCCUCAGUUGCAAGGACAUCUGGGUGUUGCUUCUUUCAUGAUUACGUUUGUUUUCAUAGGAUGGCGUUUAUCUUAAUCAGCUUUGGGUAGCAAGGUUCAUUCUCUGUGGGCAGCCAGAAGCGCAUCAGGAAGUGAGAAAGGAGCGGAGAUGAGCUGCAGCAUGACAGAUGUAGAACUAGAUAUGGUGAGGUAGAGGAUGGCUGUGAUUUGGAUGAACAGGUAGGCAAAGAGCCUGCCUGGUCCUGUUUUGAUUCCAGCUGCUUUGAGGUUUGGUGCCUGGAUCAACUGCUCUGCAGUGACAGCAGUCGCUAUCGAGGGAGCCUGCGUGCACCUUUGGCUCUUCACCAGCACAGAGGAGUUGUGCUGACAAGUGGCAAUGACCCUCCAUCGCAUCAGGAUCCCCAUAAGCACUGGAAAGAACUGCUGAACUAGAGGCAGAAGCUGACUCUAGGUGACUACGUUACCAUCCCUGCUAGAUGACCACAGAGCAGCAAUCCAAAGCAGAUUGGAUGAAAGAGAGAUGUGCCCAUCUACCUCCCAGCUCCAGAUAAGGGGAAUGAUCAGCCUGUGGCUCCUUAGAGGGGAAUGACUUCUCUCAGAGCUUUUCUUUGUGCCUCCUUAGCCCACCAGCAGGCUCAGCUACCUCAGCAUCACCCUCCUCUGAUCCCUGCUUGGCAUGUCAGCUUCCAAUGCAUCUCAGACAUGCAAGGAUUACACUUUCAACCACCACCUGCUCCUGCCUGGCUACAUCCUGAUAUUCAUGACAGGUUUGAUGCUGAAUGUGAUGGCCCUAUGGAUAUUCAUCCGCUACCUGCGCCUGAAGUCCGUAGUCAUGAUCUAUAUGUUCAACCUGGCCGUGAGCGACCUCACCUUCACACUCCCUCUGCCACUGCGACUCUACUACUAUUUUAACCACCACUGGCCCUUUGGUAACACCCUGUGCCAGGUCUCUGGCUCUGUCUUCCAGAUCAACAUGUAUGGCAGCUGCCUGUUUCUCAUGUGCAUCAAUCUGGAUCGCUAUGCUGCCAUAGUUCACCCACUUCGUUGGCGGCACCUGCGGCGCCCCAAGGUAGCCAAGCUCCUUUGCCUGAUUGUCUGGAUUGUGAUCUUCAUAGGCUCCAUCCCCACAGCUAUAGUCCACAAGCAAAACCACUGUGAGGUACAGAACAAGACCAUUUAUCUGUGCUUUGAAAGCUUUAGUGACAACAUGUGGCAGAAUAACCUCUUCCCCCUAGUUGUCCUGGCUGAAAUCUUGGGGUUUCUCUUGCCUCUCAGCUCUGUGACAUACUGCUCGAUUCGGAUCUUUCAAGAGCUCUACCGGAACACCCAGACAAAGACCCUGCGACAGCAGAAGACAGUCCGUCUCCUGUUGGUCAAUCUGGUUAUCUUCAUCAUCUGCUUUGUGCCUUACAACACUACCCUGGCAGUCUAUGGGAUGAUGAAGGCCAGGCUGAUUAAGGUUGAGAAAGAAACACAGGCCUCUGUCCGCCAAGUGUUAAUUACAACAAUGCUGUUGGCCAGCAUGAAUUGCACACUGGACCCCUUGAUCUACUACUUCAGUACUGAGGGUUUCCGUAACACCUUUAAGAAACUGCGGCGGGGACAAGCCUGGGACUCAGAAACAGUGGUGCUUAAGAAUCAGGUUGUGGAGCAUAAGUCAAACCGAGAUCAUGCUGUCCCAAAAGUAAAGCAGUUCCCAAUUGAAAACUUUAUCCAUCCCAAUGAAUCUUUGCCAUCACUUCCUACUGCAGUAUUUUUGAAUGGCCCUAUUGAGGACUCAGAAAUAUAAGCACAGAAAGGUCCUACCA